AUGGUGGACCGACCUAUCGCUUUCCAGGAGCUCUUGCAGCUCACGGCGCUCGGUAUCCAGCCCGGGUCGAUCGGCUUCGCGACGCUCACGCUCGAGUCGGACCGCUUCGUGUGUGUCCGCGAGGAGGUGAAUGGCGCCAAGCAGGUCGUGAUCAUCGACAUGCUCGACCCGAACAACGUCGUCCGCCGUCCCAUCUCUGCCGAGAGUGCCAUCAUGCACCUGGACGACAAGGUCAUUGCGCUGCGAGCACAACGCCAGCUGCAGAUCUUUAGUAUCGAGCAGAAGGCCAAGGUUCGCGCGCACCUCAUGCACGAGGACGUGACGUUCUGGAAGUGGAUCUCGCCGACCACCAUCGGCAUCGUUACCGAGACGGCCGUCUACCACUGGACCUGCUACGCCCCUUCUUCUCAGCCCGACGCCCAGACCUCCGACACGCCCGUCAAGGUGUUCGACAGGCACGCUUCUCUCGCGGGUAACCAGAUAAUCAAUUAUCGGGUUACCCCCGACGAGAAAUGGCUCGUCCUCGUCGGCAUUAGCUCCAACACGACCAACCCCGCCGGGUUCAAGGUCAAGGGUGCGAUGCAGCUCUACUCGAAGGAGCGCGGCGUCUCGCAGCCGAUUGAGGGUCACGCGGCGAGCUUUGCGGAGAUCAGGUUGGAGGGCGCGAGCGACGACACCAAGCUGUUCACCUUCGCUGUCCGCACGGCUACGGGUGCCAAGCUUCACGUCGUCGAGAUCGACCACCAGGCGAAUCUCCCGGCUUACGCCAAGAAGGCUGUCGACGUCUUUUUCCCUCCCGAGGCGACGAACGACUUCCCCGUCGCCAUGCAAGUCUCGAAGCGGUACGGCAUCGUCUACCUCGUGACGAAGUACGGCUUCAUCCACCUGUACGACCUCGAAUCCGGCGCGUGCAUCUACAUGAACCGCAUCUCUGGCGAGACGAUGUUCACGACGUGCGAGCACCGCGCGACGUCCGGCAUCAUCGGCAUCAACCGCAAGGGCCAGGUCUUGAGCGUUACGGUCGACGAGGAAGUCAUGAUCCCGUACAUCCUCUCGACGCUCAACAACACCGAGCUCGCCAUCCGCAUCGCCUCUCGCGGCGGCCUCCCCGGCGCCGACGACCUCUUCCAGCGCCAGUUCGCCCAGCUCUUCCAGUCGGGCGACUACUCCGGCGCCGCCAAGGUCGCAGCCGGCUCGCCUCGCGGCAUCCUCCGCACGAGCCAGACGAUCGACAUGUUCAAGGGGGUGCCGGUGCAGCAGGGUCAGCUCAGCCCGAUCCUGCAGUACUUUGGCAUCCUCCUUGAGCGCGGCAAGCUGAACAAGUACGAGUCGCUCGAGCUGGCCAGGCCGGUGCUCGUCCAGGGACGCAAGCAGCUCCUUGAGAAGUGGCUCAAGGAGGACAAGAUCGAAUGCAGCGAGGAGCUCGGCGACAUCGUUCGCACACACGACAUGACCCUCGCCCUUUCCGUCUACCUCCGCGCCAACGUCCCGAACAAGGUCGUCGCCUGCUUCGCCGAGACUGGUCAGUUCGCCAAGAUCAUCGUCUACGCCAAGCGCGUCGGCUACACGCCCGACUACGCCGCCCUCCUCCAGCAUGUCACUCGCCUCAAUCCGGAGAACGGUGCCGAGUUUGCGACGCAGCUCGUCAACGACGAGAUGGGUCCUCUCGUCGACGUCGAGCGCGUCGUCGACAUCUUCAUGUCGCAGAAUAUGAUCCAGCAGGCGACGUCGUUCCUUCUCGACGCGCUCAAGGAGAACAAGCCUGAACAGGGACACCUCCAGACUCGCCUCCUCGAGAUGAACCUCCUCAACGCGCCUCAGGUCGCCGACGCCAUCCUCGGCAACAACAUGUUCUCGCACUACGACCGGCCCCGGAUUGCCAACCUCUGCGAGAAGGCCGGGUUGCUCCAGCGCGCGCUCGAGCACUACGAGGACAUCAACGACAUCAAGCGUGUCGUCGUUCACACGAACUUGAUCCCGGCUGAGUACCUCGUCGAGUUCUUCGGCAAGUUGACGGUCGAGCAGACGCUCGAGUGCUUCAACGAGAUGUUGAGGGUCAACAUCCGCCAGAACCUCCAGGUCGUCGUCCAGGCCGCGACCAAGUACUCCGACCUCAUCGGCCCCGUCCGCCUCAUUGAGCUCUUCGAGAAGUUCAAGACGGCCGAGGGUCUCUACUACUACCUCGGCUCGAUCGUCAACCUCAGCGAGGACUCGGAGGUGCACUUCAAGUACAUCCAGGCGGCUACGAGGACGGGCCAGAUCCGCGAGGUCGAGCGCAUCGUCCGCGAGUCCAACUUCUACAACCCGGAGAAGGUCAAGAACUUCCUCAAGGAGGCCAAGCUUCCCGACCAGCUCCCGCUCAUCAUUGUCUGCGACCGCUUCGACUUUGUCCACGACCUCGUCCUCUACCUGUACCAGAACGGCAUGACCAACUUCAUAGAGGUCUACGUUCAGCGCGUCAACUCGGCGCGCACGCCGCAGGUCAUCGGCGGCCUCCUCGACGUCGACUGCGACGAGAACACGAUCAAGGCCCUCCUCGCGAGCGUCACCGGUCCCGUCCCCGUCGACGAGCUCGUCGACGAGGUCGAGAAGCGCAACCGCCUCAAGCUCAUCUUGCCGUACCUCGAGGCCAAGAUUGCCGCCGGCCAGCAGGACCCCGCGCUCUACAACGCCCUCGCCAAGAUCAAGAUCGACUCGAACAACGACCCCGAGUCGUUCCUCAAGGAGAACGGCAUCUACGACCCCCUCGUCGUCGGCAAGUACUGCGAGAAGCGCGACCCGUACCUCGCAUACAUCGCAUACGCCAAGGGAUUGUGCGACGAUGAGCUCAUCUCGAUCACGAACGACAACCAGAUGUACAAGCACCAAGCUCGCUACCUCGUCAAGCGCCGCCGUCUCGAACUCUGGCAACAGGUCCUCCAGGGCGACAACCUGCACAAGCGCCAGCUCAUCGACCAGGUCGUCGCGACCGCCGUCCCCGAGUCCACCGACCCCGAGGACGUCUCGGUCACCGUCAAGGCUUUCCUGUCCGCAGACCUCCCGUCCGAGCUAAUCGAGCUCCUCGAGAAGAUCGUCCUCGAUCAGUCGGCGUUCAGCGACAACGCCAACCUCAAGAAGCUCCUCAUGCUCACCGCCAUCCGCGCCGACAAGGGCCGCGUCAUGGGCUACAUCGACAAGGUCGAGGGUUUCGACGUGCAGGAGAUCGCCUCGAUCAUGAUCGAGCACGGCCUGUACGAGGAGGCGUUCACGCUCUACCGCAAGAACGGCAUGCACCUCGAGGCGACGAACGUGCUGGUCGAGUACAUUGUCUCGAUCGACCGCGCGCAGCAGUACGCCGACAAGGUCGACCAGCCCGCCGUCUGGUCCCGCCUCGGUAAGGCGCAGCUCGACGGUCUCCGCAUCAAGGACGCGAUCGACUCGUACAUCCGCGCCGAGGACCCCUCGAACUACCUCGAGGUCAUCGAGACAGCGUCGCGCGCCGGCAAGAGCGAGGACCUCGUCCGCUACCUCCAGAUGGCACGCAAGACGCUCCGCGAGCCGGCCAUCGACACCGAGCUCGCCGUCUCGUACGCCAAGACGGACCGCCUCCGCGACAUGGAGGACUUCCUCGGCAUGACCAACGUCGCCGACCUCCUCUCCGCCGGUGAGAAGGCCUUCGAUGCGGGCCUGUACGAGGCCGCCAAGCUCCUCUUCACCAGCAUCUCGAACUGGGCCCGCCUCGCGACGACGCUCAUCUACCUCGGCGAGAACCAGGCCGCCGUGGACGCCGCCCGCAAGGCCGGCAACACGCAGGUCUGGAAGCAAGUCAACGCGGCGUGCAUCGAGAAGAAGGAGUUCCGCCUCGCGCAGAUUUGCGGUCUCAACCUGAUUGUUCACGCCGAGGAGCUGCAGGCGCUCGUCCGCCUGUACGAGUACCGCGGCUACGUCGACGAGCUCAUGGCGCUCCUCGAGGCGGGUCUCGGUCUCGAGCGCGCGCACAUGGGCAUGUUCACCGAGCUCUCGGUCCUCUACGCGAAGUACAAGCCUGAGCGUCUCAUGGAGCACCUCAAGCUCUUCUGGUCCCGCAUCAACAUCCCGAAGGUCCUCCGCGCCGCCGAGCAGGCUCAUCUCUGGCCCGAACUCGUCUUCCUCUACGUCCACUACGACGAGUUCGACAACGCUGCGCUCGCGAUGAUGGAGCGGUCCGCCGACGCUUGGGAGCACAACCAGUUCAAGGAGGUCGUCGUCAAGGUCGCCAACAUCGAGAUCUACUACAAGGCGCUCAACUUCUACCUCGAGCAACAACCCAUGCUGCUCAACGACCUCCUCAGCGUCCUCGCGCCCCGGAUCGACCACACGCGUGUCGUCAAGAUGUUCCAGAAGGCCGACGAGCUGCCGAUGAUCAAGAACUACCUCAUCUCGGUCCAGAAGAACAACAUCCCCGCCGUGAACGAGGCGUUCAACGACUUGCUGAUCGAGGAGGAGGACUACAAGACGCUGCGGGACUCGAUCGACACGAACGACGCGUUUGAUUCGGCCGAGCUGAGUCGGCGACUCGCGCAACAUGAUCUGCUCGAGUUCCGACGAUUGGCCUCUCACCUUAUGGCGCGAAACAACCAGUGGACCGCCUCCAUCACCCUUUCGAAGGAGGAUAAGCUCUACAAGGACGCCAUCGCCACCGCCGCCGCUUCCAACAAGACUGAGAUUGCGGAAGAUCUGCUCCGUUACUUCAGCGACAUCGGCUCGCGCGAAUGUUACACGGCGCUGCUCUUCGCGGCGUUCGACCUCAUUCGGCCCGACGUUGUCGAGGAACUUUCGUGGCGCCAUGGCUUCCACGACGUCGCAACGCCUUACCGCCUCCAGGUCGACCGUCUGCGGUCCGAGCAGCUGGCCUCGCUCGCGAAGAAGAUGGAGGACUUGAUGAGCAAGACGGUCGCGAAGGAGGAAGAAGACGCAGCACCCUUCUCUCUCGCUCCGCAAACUCUCGCUUUGACCUGGGGGUGA